UUCUGAUUGUUUCUUUUCUUAGAUUGCAUGAAGCACUCUCUAUCUAGAUCUUGCUAAAUAGUACACGGGUUUUUAUGGUUUUUGUGUCAUUUUUUGGAGAAGCAGGAAUGAUAUAUCGGGGGUUCGGAAGAAGAAAAGGGAAGUUAUAAUUUUAAGUUGAAGCAAUGAGUGGUGAAGACAACAAGGAUAAAGGUCUCUUCUCACAUCUACAUGGUUAUACUUCAGCCCCAUAUCCUCCUCCACCAGGAUCUUAUCCAGCAGCAGGGUGUCCACCUCCUGGCAGCUAUCCCCCUCCUUCCUACCCACCAACUGGAUAUCCACCGGUCAGUUAUCCUCCUUCCAGUGGGUAUCCGCCUGCAAGUUAUCCGCUUUCAAGUGGGUAUCCACCUGCCGGUUAUCCUCCUCCAAAUGGUUAUCCACCUGGCAGUUAUCCUCCUUCCGGGUAUCCAGCCACUUAUCCUGCCCCACAUGGCUAUCCAAGUGCACCAGCUCCAUAUCCUGCAAUGCAUGGCCAUGGCAUGGGUGCAUUGCUCGCCAGCGGAGCUGCGGCUGCAGCGGCUGCAUAUGGUGCUCAUCGGCUAUCUCAUGGCAUGUUACAUCAUGGUCACCAUUUGUUUCAUCAUGGAAAGUUUAAGCACGGUAAAUUUGGCAAGCGUUGGAAGGGUGGCAAGUUUAAGUUAGGGAAAUUUGGCAAGCCUUGGAAAAGGUGGAAGUAAAACAGUUGCUGACGUAAUAUGUAUUUUGAAUUCUUGUGUGAAUGUUGUUAUUAAUAUUUCCUAUCAGCCGCAUACACAAACUGUGUAGAUAUAUAGUACAGGCUUGCUAUUUAAUAGUUCAAUCUAAUUCAAUUGCUUAUAUGCUCCAA